AUGCAAGCCCUUUUGUUCUCUUCAUUGCUAGGUCUUCUUGUUAUGGUGGGUGCUCACCAUUAUGAUGGCCCUUGGAAGGAUGCUCAUGCCACCUUCUAUGAUGGACAUGAUAUUUAUUCAGGGGGAGCUUGUGGUUAUGGUGACCUAAGACAACAAGGCUAUGGCAUGAAUACAGCGGCUUUGAGCACGGCAUUGUUCAACCAAGGAGCGGGCUGCGGUGCUUGUUUUGAGAUCAAAUGCGUCAAUGAUCCGGAAUGGUGCGUCGCCGGAGCACAUCCGCUCAUUGUUACAGCAACCAACUUCUGCCCACCAAACUUCUAUCAGUCAGCUGACGCUGGAGGAUGGUGCAAUCCACCCCGUGAGCAUUUUGACUUGGCACAGCCUGCAUUCCUUCAAAUUGCCAAUUAUAAGGCUGGCAUUAUCCCUGUUCAAUAUAGAAGGGUUCCAUGCAAAAAGCAAGGAGGAAUUAGAUUCACAGUAUCUGGAAAUCCUUAUUUCGACUUGGUGAUGGUACGGAACGUUGGAGGGGACGGAGCAGUCACAAGUGUUGAAGUAAAGGGUGACAAGACAAAUUGGUUCCCAAUGAAGAGAAACUGGGGCCAGUUGUGGGAGACCCAUGAAAUGUUGUGCGGACAAUCUUUGAGCUUUAAGGUCACAACCAGUGAUGGCAAAUGUAUUACUAAUAUGGAUGUACUCCCCAAGGACUGGCAAUAUGGUCUGACAUACGAAGGCCACAACUUCAAUUGA